AUGUAUUCAGACGACCCAAGAUGUACCGAACUCGCGUAUACCGACCUGGUUAACUUUGGCGUCUCCGUCUUCAUAGUCCUCGGAAUACUCGUAUCCUACCUUCCACAACAUUAUAAGAUCAUAUCGCGUCGGUCAUCGCGUGGUCUGAGCCCCAUGUUUGUCCUCCUAGGGACUGUGUCGGGAACCGCUAGCAUCGCGAACAUCUUGACCCUACCGGAAAGCACGAGGGACAUGGGAUGCUGUAAGGAGAUUGGAAGCUUUCCAUGCGCAGCAGCUAUGCUCGGCAUAGUACAGAUCGGGGUGCAGUGGAGUUGUUUCUUCUUCAUCAUGCUACUCUUCCUCAUCUUCUUCCCUCGAGGCAACUCACCAACUGUAGAAGAAGAACAAGACACCGACAUGCCCACAUGGAAAGAGGCCGUCCUCGUCCUAGGUGUUUCACUCGCGUUCUUCGUCGUCGCAUUCAUCGGCUCCGUCGUUUUCGUAUACGCGCUCCCUUCACACGUUCGCGGAUGGGCAAACUUCCUCGGCUUGCUUGCUACCGUCCUUGCCGCUAUACAAUACAUACCACAGAUCCUCAUGACUUGGAGACUACAGGAAACCGGAAGUCUAUCCAUCCCUAUGAUGUGCAUUCAGACACCGGGGAGCUUCGUCUUUGCCGCAAGUCUAUAUGCGAGGCUAGGACCUGGAGGCUGGAGUGCUUGGGGCUUGUUCAUCUUUACGGGCAUCCUCCAGGGUUUCCUACUCGCUAUGGGUUUGUCUUUCGUUCUGAGAGAUAGAAAGAAGCAGAGAGACCAGCAGCUUGCUGAUGCCGAUGGGAGCGGCGUUGCUGGUGAUAGCGAGCGAGCGCCAUUGCUGCAUGGUGAAAGAUGA